AGGAAGUUGUGUGGGACAAGGCACUCCUGAUAGAAGGAGCUCACCCUCCACCGCGUCUGCCCUACAGGAUGCUGCAGCUGAGCCUGUCCUGGCUGGGACUCGGGUUGGUGGCAGCCUCCCCAUGGCUACUCCUGCUGCUGGUCGGGGCCUCCUGGCUACUGGCCCGCGUCCUGGCCUGGACCUACACCUCCUACAACAACUCUCGCCGCCUUCAAUGUUUCCCGCAGCCCCCAAAACGCAACUGGUUCUUGGGUCACCUGGGCCUGUACCCCCCCACGGAGCAGGGCUUGAGGGGCUUAACUCAGCUGGUGGCCAACUACCCCCAGGGAUACAUGAUCUGGAUGGGCCCUAUCACCCCCCUGGUCAUUUUCUGCCAUCCUGACUUGAUCCGGAAUGUCGCCAAUGCCUCAGCCACCGUCGCACCGAAGGACGUGCACUUCUACGACUUUCUGAAGCCCUGGCUGGGGGAUGGGCUCCUGCUGAGUGCCGGUGACAAAUGGAGCAGCCACCGUCGCAUGCUGACACCCGCCUUCCACUUCAACAUCCUGAAGCCCUAUAUGAAGAUUUUCACCAAGAGUGCAGACAUCAUGCAUGCCAAGUGGCAGCACCUGGUCACAGAGGGCCACACCCAUCUGGACAUGUUUGAACACAUCAGCCUCAUGACCCUGGACAGUCUGCAGAAAUGCGUCUUCAGUUUCGACAGCAAUUGCCAGGAGAAGCCCAGUGAAUAUAUCGCUGCCAUCUUGGAGCUCAGUGCCCUAGUGGCAAAGCGGCACCAGCAGAUCUUCCUGAACGUAGACCUCCUGUACUACCUCACCCCCGACGGGCGGUGCUUCCGCAGGGCCUGCCGCCUGGUGCACAACUUCACAGAUGUUGUCAUCCAGGAGCGGCGGCGUACCCUCCCCAGUCAGGGUAUUGAUGACUUCCUCAAGGCCAAGGCUAAGUCCAAGACCUUGGACUUCAUUGAUGUGCUCCUGCUGACCAAGGAUGAAGAUGGGAAGGGAUUAUCAGACGAAGAUAUCCGAGCUGAAGCUGACACCUUCAUGUUUGAGGGCCAUGAUACCACAGCCAGCGGCCUCUCCUGGGUCCUGUACAACCUUGCAAAGCACCCAGAAUACCAGGAGCGCUGCCGGCAGGAGGUGCAAGAACUCCUGAGGGACCGUGAGCCUAAGGAGAUUGAAUGGGACGAUCUGGCCCAGUUGCCCUUCCUGACCAUGUGCAUCAAGGAGAGUCUGCGGUUGCACCCUCCAGUCACAGUCAUCUCCCGCCGCUGUACCCAGGACACUGUGCUCCCAGAUGGACGGGUCAUCCCCAAAGGUGUUAUCUGCCUCAUCAGUAUUUUCGGGACCCAUCACAACCCAUCGGUGUGGCCAGACCCUGAGGUCUAUGACCCUUUCCGCUUUGACCCAGAAAACAUCAAGGGGAGGUCACCUCUGGCUUUUAUUCCCUUCUCCGCGGGGCCCAGGAACUGCAUUGGGCAGUCAUUCGCCAUGACAGAGAUGAAGGUGGUCCUGGCGCUCACGCUGCUGCGCUUCCGUGUGCUGCCGGACAAGGAGGAGCCACGCAGGAAGCCGGAGCUGAUCAUGCGCGCGGAGGGCGGACUUUGGUUGCGUGUGGAGCCGCUGAGUGCAAGUCAGCAGUGACCCGCCACCGUCUGACCUGCGAUCCACCCUGACCCUAGACAACUCACUUUGCAGAUUCCUAGGAAUAAAACUGUGCU